AUGCCUGCAUUUUUCCUUUCAAGGGCAAAAGGGCAUCCAAAAAAGAGAAUCGGCGUGAAAAGAGGCUUGAAAGAUGGGGACGACAAGGAAGCAAGGCUGUCAAGACGGCGGCGAAUGAUGGAGAGAACAGAAAUCAGCUCAGAUGAAGACGAGGUUUCCGUUGCCAGUGGUCGAGUGUCGGAGGCAAGUGAAGGUGAAUAUGACAUUGAAGAUAUUGCUCGAAUCAAAGCCAAAGAGUACUUGCAAAAACUUCACGAAAUAUCUGGAAAAACAAGAGGAAUAGGUAAACACUCAAAGAAGACGCUUGCUAGUUCAAAGGCAGGUUAA